UUAGAUGUAUUGUUACUUUUUAAUUAAUCACAUUACCUUGUACUGUUAAAGAUGAUUUAGACAAAAAAAAAAAAAAAAAAUUAUCAAGCAACCCAUACAUUAAAUUCUGACUACGUCUUUGUCACUCACAAUUUAUGAAGGUGCUAGUUCAAAUUUUAAAAUCUGAUAAAUUAAAUUAUAAUUAGUGCAACUUUUAAAGGUUUAGAUAAAAUGUUCCCUUUGAUGCAAAAAUCCCACUGUUUGUAAUGAGCAGACUUUACUAAAUAGUUUUUCAAGUCAAAUUCAUUGUAUUUCUUCCCCUUAACAUUUAAAAAUAAAUUUAAAUCUCUAACAGAAAAUUAUUAUAAAUCUAUAAGUGAAAGCCUCUCAAAUGUUCUACAAAAAUAAAAAUAAAUUACAUCCGUUCAUACUAAAUGCCUAGUUCAUCAGAGUCCAAAGUCAAAAACAAAACUCUUAAUGAAGUGCAACCUCCUCAUACUUAUAUCAUCCACCUGUUCAAUCAUUUCCUAAGAAUCUGCUAGCAAAUAAACCCCGCAUAAGAUCAGGACUCCACGGAGAGAGGCAAACUAAAUGAUGCUUUUUAUAAAUAAUAGCUCAAGAUCAAACAGCUAUUAAAAAAAAAUUAAAAAAUUAAAAAAAAAUAAAAACAACAACAACUAGGUAGCAGCUUGAUCUAGACUUAAUACAAAUAAAUUAAUAGAGGCACAUGAUGUGAACAUUUUAACACAUAUCAUUAAAAUACAUGGUUGAAAACUACUUAAAAUACCUAUAUAGAGCUAUAUAUUUAUAUAUGAAAUGUGUGUUUCUAUAUACCAAGAAAUUUAACAAAAUUUCAAAUAAAUUAUACGAGAUAUAUUCCUAUGGAAAUUAAUUUGGAUUGAAAACUUUGGUGGAAGAACUAAACCAAGAAAUUUAAAUGUAAAUUACAGUAAAGAAGAAAUGUGUGUUUCUAUAUACCAAGAAAUUUAACAAAAUUUCAAAUAAAUCCUAUGAAAAUUAAUUUGGAUUGAAAACUUUGGUGGAAGAACUAAACCAAGAAAUUUAAAUGUAAAUUAUAGUCAAAAUAUCAAAUAGACGUACUUGCUAUGCAUAUAUGAACAAUAGGACGAGCUAAACAUAUGCUAUUAUGCUUCUCAUGAUGUUCUAUUUUUCUUUUUCUCAGCUUAAUUUUCCACGAAACUGGGGUGGAAAAGUACAGCGGCUGCAAAAUACAUUUUUUUAUAUUAUUAAUUAACUUAAUUCCCUCACAAUUUUACUUUUCUUGCCGUAUCUAAUCUUCCCUGGGUGUAAACUAUAACCUUCUAAUAAUUGUAUUUGCUACAUAAUAACAAAAUUAAAUUACAAUUUAUACAGAUGGCACUCGCUUAAUUUAUGGUAGAAUUAGUCAAAGUCUGUAUUUGGCAUUUAUGGUAGAAUUAGUCCAAGUCUUUAUCUGGGGUGCCAUAUAUAAUGAUUUAUAUUCCAUAAAGUAAUUGAAAAAGCUAAAAUAAUAAUAAUAAUAAUAAUAAUCAUCAUGGAAAAUGAAGCAACCCUUGACCACACAUAGUCUAUUCCACCAAGAAAGGGACUUCACUGAGUUGUGUCUUUUCAUAUGUUGACCCACAUGACCGUUAUUUAAUUGGACUAUAUCCAUAUAUCUUAAUAUCUAAAUAUCCUAUUUUCCAAUUUAUAUUGGAAGAUAUAAAGCGCCGUAAAUGCUAAGGUUUGUUAUAUUUUCAACUUGGUUAUAAUUUUUAAAUUAUUUAUGGAGAUGUUAUUCUACUUGGGAAGUUAUUAUGUUGUGAAUUAUAGCAGUGGAAAUAGUUUACCCCUCCCUCUCUGUACAUAUACUUCUCUCUAUAUAUAUUUAUAUGUAUGAAUAGACACUAGCGUAGCAUGAUCUCCUUGCGUUGCAUUUUUGCCAUUAAUCUCGAUUAAACCCAAAAAGACAAUGAUAUCAAAGGGUCUAUUUUCUCCUCUCCUUAUCAUCUCCAUUUCCUUUUUACAUUAUGCUUCUUUUGCUUCUGCUUCUUCUUCAAUCAAUGAACAAGAAAAACUAGAAGCAGAAUCGCUAUUGAAAUGGAAAACAAGCCUGGAAAACGAAACUCAGUCUCUGCUUUCUUCCUGGUCACCAAGCAAAACCCCAUGCAAGUACUGGGUUGGGAUUGGUUGCAGCAGCAAUGGAAGCAGUAUUAUCACCCACAUAAACCUCACAAGCAUGGGUUUAACAGGUACUCUCAACCAUUUCAACUUCACAUCCUUCCCUAACCUCUAUUCUCUUGAUCUCCAUGACAAUUCUCUCCAUGGUAACAUCCCUCCCCACAUAGCAAACCUUUCAGGGCUAGCUAUUCUUAAUCUGGGUUCCAACAAAUUUUCUGGGAAAAUAACUCAUCGGGUAGGAGAUUUGGUGAAGCUUGAGGUUUUAAUAUUAUCAAAAAACCUUCUUUCUGGUCCUGCUCCUUACUUUCUUGGAAACUUGACCAAUCUCUCUAUUCUUAACCUUGGAAAUAAUCAUCUCUCUGGCUCUAUACCAGUAGAGAUUGGAAGGUUGAGAAAUCUAACCGAGCUUCGUUUGAAUCUAAACAUGCUCAAUGGUUCUAUCCCAGCUUCUUUAGGUGAUUUGCUGAGCUUGCAAGUUUUGUCACUGUAUGGUAACAAUUUGUCUGGUUUUUUGCCCAAAGAGAUCAAUAAACUCACAAAUUUGAGACUGUUCUUCUUGUCAAAUAAUAGCAUUUCUGGAUUGUUGCCAGAGAAUAUUUGUCAUGGAGUUAUCCUUGAAGAUUUUUGUGCAAGUAAUAAUCGUUUUUGGGGUACUGUUCCUAAGGGGUUGAAGAAUUGUACAAGUUUAACUAGGCUUAGACUUGACAGGAACAACCUCAUUGGAAAUAUAUCAGAGGAUUUUGGGAUUUACCCAAAACUUGAUUAUGUUGAUUUGAGCUAUAACAAUUUUCAUGGUGAAGUUUCUCCAAACUGGGGAAAGUGCCAACUCCUUACAAGUCUGAAAAUUUCUGACAACCAGAUUACGGGGAAAAUACUACCAGAGAUUGGAGAAUCAAGUCUUUUGCAUGUUCUUGAUCUUUCUUCAAACAAUCUUGAAGGGGAAAUUCCAAAGGAAUUGGGAAAUUUGAAGUCUUUGUAUAACCUUACUUUGAGUAGAAACAAUCUUUCUGGGAAUAUACCUCUAGAGAUUGGGACACUACCAGAUCUUUCAUACCUUGAUCUUUCAGGAAACAAUCUGAGUGGUUCAAUUCCCAAGAAAAUUGGUGAUUGUUCCAGUAUGCUUUACUUGAAUUUGAGCAACAAUGAUUUCCAUGGUGAGAUUCCUGCUGAAAUUGGAAACUUAGAGUGGCUGCAAGUUGCAUUAGAUCUUAGCAGAAAUUCGCUUUCUGGGGAGAUUCCAUGGCAAGUUGGGAAGUUGAUCAAGUUAGAAAUAUUGGAUCUCUCCCAUAAUCAGCUCACGGGUUCCAUUCCUUCCUCUUUUGAUGAAAUGCUCAGUUUGAGAUUGGUAGACUUAUCUUACAAUCAAUUGGAAGGUCCUAUCCCAGACAACAAAGUCUUUCAGGAGGCUGCAGUCCUAGGAAAUAACUUGGGCUUGUGUGGGAAUUUUACUGGUUUGAAGAUCUGUCUUCCUUCUCCACUGAAGAAUAAGAAAAAUCGCACAAACAUAGCAAUCCUAAUUACCAUUCCUUUUCUUGGAUCUUUAAUCAUCUUGAGCAUGAUCAUGGGUUUUCUCUAUGUUGUUCGAAAAAGACGAAGAAAUACAGGAAGUGAGAUGAGACAUUCCAACCAUGGAAACUUAUUUUCAGUGUGGAGUUAUGAUGGGAAAUUAGUAUAUGAAGAUAUCAGGGAAGCAACCGAAAAUUUUGAUGCCAAGUAUUGCAUUGGAAUUGGAGGAACGGGAAGUGUUUACAAGGCAAAACUGUCAACAGGGCAGAUUGUAGCAGUGAAAAAGCUUCAUCCAUCACAGUAUGCGGAAUUGAAAGAUCAAAAAGCUUUUGUGAGUGAGAUUCAGGCAUUGACAAAAAUCCGCCACAGAAACAUUGUGAAGUUGCAUGGUUUCUGUUCUCAUGCCCAAGAAUCAUUUCUGGUUUAUGAGUAUUUGGAGAGAGGAAGUUUGGCUAAGAUCCUGAAAAAUGAAGAAGAUGCAAAAGAGCUCGAUUGGAUCAAACGAAUCGAUUUUGUAAAAGGGGUUGCAAAUGCUCUCUGCUACAUGCACUAUGACUCAAUUCCUUCAAUAAUUCACAGAGACAUAUCAAGCAACAAUAUAUUGUUGGAUGCAAAAUAUGAAGCGCAUGUUUCUGACUUUGGCACUGCUAGACUUGUAAAGGUUGAUUCUUCUAAUUGCACAGUUCUUGCUGGAACAUAUGGUUAUAUUGCUCCAGAAUUUGCAUACACAAUGAAAGUUACUAAAAAAUGUGAUGUUUAUAGCUUUGGAAUAGUAACACUAGAAAUAUUUAUGGGACAUCAUCCUGGUGAACUGAUAUGCUCUCUCUCGAGUUCCUCAUCACUAUCAUCGUCGGAAACUUCGUCUUCUUUGCCAUCAAGCCCUCAUGAGAUGCUGUUGAGGAAUGUUUUGGACAAUCGUCUACCAUCUCCUACUCCUAAAGUGGCAGAGGAAGUUGUUGCAAUUAUCAAAAUGGCAUUCACAUGCAUAGAUGCUAAUCCACAAGUUCGGCCAACAAUGCAGCAUGUUUGUCAAGAGCUAUCGACUCCAAGACAAACUCUUUCUGAGCCAUUUGAUGAAGUUACUUUAGGAAAGCUACUGAAUGUGAAUGAAAUUGUCUAAGUUGAGCAACAAAAUCUUGUAUUCAAUUUUUGGUGUUUGGUCUCUGGUGCAUAUGAAGUUUAUAUUCUCUGGUUUUUAACCAUUAUAAAAUAGGGGAGCAGUGUACUAUUCAAAUAAAUUAAUGUUCCUUAUUAUUAUUAUUAUUAUUUUACAAUA